CGAUUUGCUUUUGAUGAUACCGACUCAAUUGGCCCAGAGAUCUCUGUUGGGAUUACCCUCUUCAACCAAGUCGACUGUCAUUGACUGCCAUCCAGAAGUGCAUAAAGGACGUCAAGUCCGCGUGCUCGUCCUCGUGCUGUUUUGCCCUUGGCAUCGCCGCAGCUUUCUUUGUUCCGACAAAGCACGAGUACGUCAGCAAAAUCCUGUGAGAAAGCGCUAUAUAUAACGUGCCAAGUCCCUUUUAUCUGCUUCGAGUCUUUUACCAAGUCAUCUAUACCCAGGUGCGAAGAAAUGGGAGUUACAAAGUGGUUCUCCCGAGAGGGUACGCUGUCUUGGUCUCUGAGCCCCGCAUAAGAACUGCAUGAUAACAGAUGACAGGCUUCACUGCCGAUGUGUUUGGCAAAUUCUUACAGUCCACAAUCUUCGAUCCGUGGAAAAUCGUACCUCUCUUCCUGUGUGCACAAUACACAACAGCAGGCAGUGAGAUCGUCCAGCAAUAUCCACAACUUCUAGGGGCACUCAAGGUCCUCCUCCCUCUCGCUGUAGGCCGCCGCCUCAAUGCAUGGCUCAGCCGUCGUGCCGUCAACAAUGGCGUCUCGGACAAGUACGACUGGUCCCGGGAGGUGAUUGUGUUGACGGGUGGAAGCAAUGGGAUUGGAAAGCAGAUCGCGGACCGUUUUGGUGCGCGUGGGAUCAAGGUUGCUAUCCUGGAUAUCCAGCCGCCUACGGAGCAGCUCCCUCAGAGUGUGCAUUUCCAUCAGUGCGAUAUCACAUCACCUUCUGCCAUCGCCGCUGCUGCAAAGGACAUCCGCGCGACGCUGGGUGAGCCGACGAUUCUCAUUAAUAACGCUGGUGUUAUGAGCGGGAGAACCCUUCUCAACUCCACCGAGGCCCAGACAAGGCUCAUCUUCGAGGUCAACACCAUGUCGCACUACUGGCUUUCCCGCGAAUUCCUACCGUCUAUGAUCGCGAACAACCACGGGAUGGUGGUGACGGUUGCCUCGCACGCGGGUUACACCACCACCCCGAACAUGGUGGAUUACUCGGCUACCAAAGCGGCGUCGAUUGCAUUCCACGAGGGGAUAUCGGUGGAAUUGGCGACGCGGUAUAAAGCUCCUCGAGUCCGGACUGUGCUUGUCACACCGGGAUUCGCCCAAACGACUCUUAUCAAGGACCUGACGCCGGAAGAUAGCUGGAUCGGGCCGCUGUUGCACCCAGAGACGGUGGCCGACCAGAUGGUUGAACAAGUGCUGACUGGCCAGAGUGGACAUGUCAACUUGCCUGGAUCUGCGGGAUGGAUCGCCAGGUGUAUGAGGGCGUCACCGUUGUGGUUUCAGUGCGCGAUUCGCAAGCGAUUGGAGAGAAGGGUGCGGGCUGUUUUUUAGAUCGUGUACAUGGCAGAUUAGAUGAAACAAAGGAUAGGCAAGAAAGGCUGCUGGUUAGCCGGACAUUAGGAUUAGGAUUGAAGUGUCAUGGUUGGAGUGCUUGUCUGUAUGUAUUUAAUUGGGUAGCGAAUCGAUGAUGCUAUAUCCAUCCCUCUUGUGCUGAGGCCAAUCGAAUCCAGAGCAUCGACCAGGAUC